UUUGUAUAUAAUUGUAUAUAGUUUAUUGUUAUGGCACUUCAUUUGUUCACGCUCUUCUAUAUUGCUGUGUCCAUCUGUUUUAUUUAUCCAACGAGUGCGUUCGUUUAUGCAGGACUAACUGUCGAAGAGCUUUUCAGUAGCUGGCUCGGUAGCGAGUUUGAAAAUUUUGUUUUAUACCAUAUUCGACGUUCAUCUAUAACUAUACUCUCCCACUCACUUUUACCGUUAGGUUAUGUGGUGGGUUUAUGUCUGUUUAUCACUGAAGACCUGCAUAUGUUGUUCUUUGAAGGAGGAUACUUGUGGAACAUUUUUGUAAUUGCUUCAGUACUGCUACCUAUAGCAACAGCAUGUGUUAUAUGGACGUGGUGGAAAGACAACUGGAAACGACAUCCAAUUUGCCAGACGUUGAGGUUAUUUGCUACCGAAAAUACAGCCUGGGAAUCUGUAGCAUCAGAUAUAAACUUGGAAUUUAGAAGGUUAGAUAAAUUCUGUGUGCAAACAAGUCCCGUGACCAAGGUAGUGGCAACAGACAACUGGGUUUUUUGGGUGCGACCAUAUGGUAUGGACUGUGCCCACCAGAGUGACACAGCCUUGAUUGUGUGUAGCAGUGACACUCAUCACAUUGCUCCUGAAAGUCCUAUUGGGACACAAUUCUUAAACAUUGAAGUUCAUCCUACAAGACAGUUUGUGCCAUCAUUCACAAUAAGGUUGGAAUCAACAGACUUCCGUGAUUUGCAAGACAAGAUUAGUCGUCCAAUAACAGUUCUGCAAAAUGUUACCUUGUUCCGCUCCCUGAGUGAUCAGUUCUUAGAAACUUUCCGUGAACUUGUUGCACAGAAUCCCCGUUAUAGGAUUGAUGAGCAACAGGAACUGGAACCUUGUGCUGGCUGUAUGCAGAUUCCAUCAGAUGUAAAACUUGAAAGACAUUGUGAAAAUACAUCAGCACCUGAUGCGUGUUCAGUAUGUUACUGCCGACCUAUGUGGUGUGUGGAUUGUAUGGGCCGAUGGUUUGCUUCAAGGCAGGAUCAGCAGCAUCCAGAAACAUGGCUGAGUUCAAAGUGCACUUGCCCUCUGUGUCGCAGUACAUUUUGUAUCCUUGAUGUGUGCAUGAUACAAAAGUGACAACAAAAGUAUUUUUGUAUGUUUAAGAUAAACAAGAUUUUUUUAUAUUUGUAAUUGUGUAUCUUCAUAAUAAAGAAUUUUCGUUCCA